AUGACAUCGACAGUUGCGCCCACCACCACAACUGUUGCUCCAACAACAACAACAACAGUUGCGCCAACCACCACUACAGUUGCUCCUUCAACAACAUCGUUAGCUCCAACUACCACAUCAGUUGCUCCAACAACCAAAGCUUUUCCUCCUACAAUACCAGUUGUUCCGACCACCACAACUGUUGUUUCAACAACUACAACAUUACUUGCUCCAACCACCACUACAGUUGCUCCAACAACAACAACAGUUGCUCCGACCACCCCUACAGUUGCUCCAACAACAACAACAGUUGCUCAGACAACAACAUCAUUUGCUCCAACCACCACUACAGUUGCUCCAACAACAACAUCAUUUGCUCCAACCACCACUACUGUUGCUCCAACUACAACAACAGUUGCUCCAACCACCACUACAGUUGCUCCAACAACAACAACAACAGUUGCUCCAACCACCACUACAGUUGCUUUAACUACCACAUCAGUUGCUCCAACAACCAAAGGUUUUCCUCCUACAAUACCAGUUGUCCUGACCACCACAAGUGUUGUUUCAAAAACUACAACAUCAGUUGCUCCAACCACCACUACAGUUGCUCCAACAACAACAACAGUUGCUCCAACAGCAACAACAGUUGCUCCAACCACCACUACAGUUGCUCUAACUACAACACCAGUUGCUCCGACCACCACUACAGUUGCUCCAACAACAACAACAACAAUUGCUCCAACCACCCCUACAGUUGCUCCAACAACAACAACAGUUGCUCAGACAACAACAUCAUUUGCUCCAACCACCACUACAGUUGCUCCAACAACAACAUCAUUUGCUCCAACCACCACUACUGUUGCUCCAACCACCACAACUGUUGCUCCAACAAAAACAACAGUUGCUCCAACCACCACUACAGUUGCUACAACCACCACAACUGUUGCUUCAAUGACAUCGACAGUUGCGCCCACCACCACAACUGUUGCUCCAACCACCACUACAGUUGCUCCUUCAACAACAUCGUUAGCUCCAACUACCACAUCAGUUUCUCCAACAACCAAAGCUUUUCCUCCUACAAUACCAGUUGUUCCGACCACCACAACUGUUGUUUCAACAACUACAACAUUACUUGCUCCAACCACCACUACAGUUGCUCCAACAACAACAACAGUUGCUCCGACCACCACUACAGUUGCUCCAACAACAACAACAACAAUUGCUCCAACCACCCCUACAGUUGCUCCAACAACAACAACAGUUGCUCAGACAACAACAUCAUUUGCUCCAACCACCACUACAGUUGCUCCAACAACAACAUCAUUUGCUCCAACCACCACUACUGUUGCUCCAACUACAACAACAGUUGCUCCAACCACCACUACAGUUGCUCCAACAACAACAACAACAGUUGCUCCAACCACCACUACAGUUGCUUUAACUACCACAUCAGUUGCUCCAACAACCAAAGCUUUUCCUCCUACAAUACCAGUUGUCCUGACCACCACAAGUGUUGUUUCAAAAACUACAACAUCAGUUGCUCCAACCACCACUACAGUUGCUCCAACAACAACAACAGUUGCUCCAACAACAACAACAGUUGCUCCAACAACAACAACUGUUGCUCCAACCACCACUACAGUUGCUCUAACUACAACAACAGUUGCUCCGACCACCACUACAGUUGCUCCAACAACAACAACAACAAUUGCUCCAACCACCCCUACAGUUGCUCCAACAACAACAACAGUUGCUCAGACAACAACAUCAUUUGCUCCAACCACCACUACAGUUGCUCCAACAACAACAUCAUUUGCUCCAACCACCACUACUGUUGCUCCAACUACAACAACAGUUGCUCCAACCACCACUACAGUUGUUUUAACUACCACAUCAGUUGCUCCAACAACCAAAGCUUUUCCUCCUACAAUACCAGUUGUCCUGACCACCACAAGUGUUGUUUCAAAAACUACAACAUCAGUUGCUCCAACCACCACUACAGUUGCUCCAACAACAACAACAGUUGCUCCAACAACAACAACAGUUGCUCCAACAACAACAACUGUUGCUCCAACCACCACUACAGUUGCUCCAACAACAACAACUGUUGCUCCAACAACAACAACUGUUGCUCCAACAACAACAACUGUUGCUCCAACUACAACAACAGUUGCUCCAACCACUACUACAAUUGCUUCAACAACAACAUCAGUUUCUGCAACCACCACUACAGUUGCUCCAACAACAACAACAGUUGCUCCAACAACAACAACAACAACAACAACAACAACAACAGUUGCUCCAACCACCACUACAGUUGCUCCAACAACAACAACAACAACAACAACAACAAUUGCUCGAACCACCACUACAGUUGCUCCAACAACAACAACAACUCCAACCACCACUACUGUUUCUCCAACAACAACAGUUGCUCCAACCACCACUACAGUUGCUCCAAAUACCACACUGAUUCUUACAACCAGGACAUCAACAAAUACAACCACAAAACACCCAACAACCACAAAACUUCCAGCAACCACAAAAGGUCCAGCAACCACAAAACGUCCAGCAACCACAAAACAUCCAGCAACCAUAAAACGUCCAGCAACCACAAAACGUCCAGCAACCACAAAACUUCCAGCAACCACAAAACGUCCAGCAACCACAAAACAUCCAGCAACCACAAAACAUCCAGCAACCACAAAACAUCCAGCAACCACAAAACUUCCAGCAACCACAAAAGGUCCAGCAACCACAAAACGUCCAGCAACCACAAAACAUCCAGCAACCACAAAACGUCCAGCAACCACAAAACGUCCAGCAACCACAAAACUUCCAGCAACCACAAAACGUCCAGCAACCACAAAACAUCCAGCAACCACAAAACGUCCAGCAACAGCAAAACGUCCAGCAACCACAAAACGCCCAGCAACCACAAAACGUCCAGCACCCACAAAACGUCCAGCAACCACAAAACGUCCAGCAACCACAACAACUCCAGUUCUAACACGCCCCCCACCAACAGUAACUAUAACUGUUGUGAUAGUACUUCCAUUUGAUCCACAAUAUGAAGACCAGCAAAGUACCAAAUUUCAGGAAAUGGCAAAACUUAUCAUGACGUGGUGUGAGCCAAUUUACAGAAGCAAGUAUGGAUUACUUUUUGUCAGAAUCAUUGUGGUUUCACUCAGAGGUGUUGUUAGAACCCGAAUGACAGAAAGUGUGGAAGCAGAGAUUCAGGUAGUGUUCAAUGAAACCUCUCCUCAAACUAUCCCAAGCGACGCUAAGGUUGCAGAAGACCUAAAGGCAGCAGCAGCAAAUCCAACCUUCCAACUGAACCUGCCCAUAUAUCCUAACUCCAUUACUCUAACUAAACAAAUGCAGAGAAUCCCUGUAACCUUCUUGACCAAUGGCACGUACGUGCCGGCCCUCUUAGAUUCGACAUCCAAUGAUUUUCAAGACAGGUCAUCAAUGAUAAAACAAUGGCUUGAACCUUUCUUCAUCACAGAUUAUAAAGCAUCAUUCAGUGUUUUAUAUUUAACCAACUACAGUUCUUAUUCCAAAAAUACUGGUCUAAAAGUGAACAUCCCCACAAUCAAAAAUGGAAUGGAUCUUACUUUUCCAGCAAACACAAUUUUACCCAAUGACACACAGAUAGUGAACACUAUGCUCCGAGCCGCCUACAAUGAGACAUUACCUUUUAAAAUCUUCACUUAUGAAAUUGUGGUCAAUGGCACAGCGUACUCCUCAGGUGAAGCGAGCAGUCGGACCAGCAUGUUGACGGCUUCGCUCCUGGUUGUUUUGUCACUUCUGGUCACGCGGUUCGAUUGAUCGUAGUCUACUACAUGUACGCUGUAAUGAUUCUUAUUUAUUUGCAUGUUAUUUCAUCUUUCUUGUGCUUCUUGAAAAAUUUUAAUUGGGGAAAAGGCUGUGCCUCCCCAGGAUAUUUGUACCUCUCCAAUGCAACACCAAAGCCCCACCCUUAAAACUGUACAGUCUUUAGGCAACAAUGCCAAGCAUUACAAAACAUCUUACACUUGAUGACAUGAAGUGUCUGGCACAAACAAUUUCCAUCUUCAUGAAACCUGCAGAACAGCUCAGAUAUACGACAAACUAUGAAAGGACCCAAUGUCAAAACCAUCUGAGAUAAAACUCCUGAGAUUCACAUUAUCAACUGUACUCUCAGAAUGUUGUGUCAUAAAUAUUCAUCUUGACCACACACUACACUAACACAAAAUUAAUUCUCAGUAAGCACUUACUCCUCUUGUAUGGUAGUUAGUUAUUUAUGUAUGUGUUGUUUGACUUCUCCUUGUAAUCGUGUAAUGGAAGUCUAUAGAACUGAUCCUUUCUGUGUUUAUGAACUUUUAAAAAAUAUCUAUUUACACUGAACUCUGAGGCCCAGGGAAAUGCAAUGAACCCAGGGAUUUUACUUUCUGUUCAUCUUUUUUCGCUGCUACCUCUGCAAAUGCAGCUUUUAGCUUUGAGGGCGAUCCUAAUGAAAGUCUUGGACUUUCUUGUAUUUGUAUACAUGUAUGCAUCUGUCUCUGAUGUGCUGUUUAAGUCCACAUUAAGUCAUUGAGAUACUUGAAUUUGUCUAAAUUCAACACAAAGUCUCAAAUUAAAUAUCUCUCUGGUGUUAAUUUUAUUAUAAAAAUUUUAUUUAUCCAAACAUAUUCUUUGUUAAAAGUAUUCACACUGGAUGUUGUUUAAGAAUGUAAAGGGGGUUCUAGAAUAGAGACCCUCGUGUAUUUAUUCUUAUUGUUUUAGCUUUAAACUACAUUAACUUAUGAUUUAUGUUGUAAUUCUGUAAAAUUUUAAUUUAUAUAGUGACAUAUAUAUAUAUAAAUAUAGUAAUAUAUAAUAAUUUUCUUUUAGGCAUGUGUUAAUGCAAUCAGCAGUUUAAAUAAAUAAAUCAAGCUGUAAUUUACUGUUUUGUGCUAAAUAAAGUAUUAUAGAACGCU